UCAGUAAGGUUUUCACUAUUAGGUAUCGGAGAGAAGCGAGGAGAAUCACAAGCAAUAGCAUAUUCCAGACAUUUCUUAAAGAAGAAGAUGGCUGCUAACCUAGUGUCUCCAUUUGCUAUCAUCUCCUGGAGCAUUAUAGGCAUUUUGUGCAUUGUUUCCCUUUCUGGGAAUGGAUUUAUCUUCAUGGUGACUGUGCUGCAAUGGCUCCAGAAGAGGAAGAUGCCACCUUGUGACUUCCUCCUGACCUGUUUGAGUGCCUCCAGAUUACUAACACAGUUGAAUGCUAUGGCCAUCUAUUUUAUGCAACUCUUUUAUCCUUCAAGUAGAAGUGCAAUGCCCUUUUUCUCCUGGGUCCUUCUCAAUAUGGCCAGUCUUUGGUGUGUCUCCUGGCUCAGCAUUUUCUACUGUGUGAAGGUCAUCAACUUUUCCAACUCUUUACUCCUUUGGCUCAAGUUAAGGAUCAAUCUGCUUCUACCCAAACUACUGGGAAUAUCAAUGGUCAUUUUCAUGGUCUCUUCUCUUCCUUCCAUCUUCACAUUUCAUAAAUGCAAUGAACCAUGUAAUCAGACUGUAACACCCCUAAUUAACGAGAAACCUGGCAACAUGUGGAUCAGUUUUUUCCCAGUGGAGAUAACAUUUACUUGCAUAAAUUUCAGCAUGAACAUAGCGGCAACCCUUCUUUUGCUCAUUUCCUUGUGGAGACAUGUGAGAAACCUCAGAAAGAGUGGGACUAGUGUUCAGGACCUCAACACUCAGGUCCACCUCAAAGUCAUAAGGCCUUUGUUGAUCACUCUCUUACUCUACCUUUUAUAUAUUGCUAGUUUGAUUACAAUGAUGAUUGGCUUUUUAAAUUUGCAAACAAAACAAGCACUGAUUGGAGAGAUAAUGGUUAACAUAUUUCCUUCAGUGCAUGCCAUAAUAUUAAUAUGGACCAAUCCAAAACUCAGAGAAGUGGCUGCUCACAUGCUAAACAUCAGACAAAGAGCUUAAUAAAAUGGACAAGGUGGCAAAAGGUAUCCAUCCUCGUCUUUGAACAGAGAAUGCUUUUAUUAGUGUGCAAGGUAAACAUCGAAAUGAGAACUGAUUCUAAAUAUGGAUUCCCCUCAUCAUCACUGGAGAAUGAGAAUAAACUGCCUUUUAAAUGGUUAGCUUCAAGUUGUACCAUGGUGGAUCCUAUUUUGAUCCUUCAAUGUUUCAACAAUUUUCUGACUGUUCUAAUGCUGACCUGAGAUAUAGCCCAAUUUCUGCUAUGAUUUAUUCAAACCUUCCAUAUGUAGAUCACUGCAAAAACCAACAAAUCAAUAAAACAUUUGCUACAGCCAAAGAUAGGGUGGGAGCUUACUGGCUUAUUCAAAGAAUUUAAAUGUAUGUGGAAUCAUGUAAAUGAUAGUUUGUGUCCUGCGGUCCUUGAAAAUAAAGUCUGAAACAUAUUGCUGUGUGGUGUCUGAUACCAGGUAUAGGCGCUUAUGUAGAGCCUUAGAUGCUCCAUUGGGAUUGUCAUCCAGUUGGUAUUUUGGGACUUUACCUCAUAAGACAGGCAAACCAACAUUGAAGCUGGACUGUCACCUUUGAUGAUGUUCCUUAUUGCAGCACACUAUAUGCAUCCUGCUACUAGUAUUUCUCCUUGCAGUUAGAAACCUGUCCCUCACUAUUUAUCACCAAACCAUCAAUAGCUCAUAAUUCUGCAAUAUUUAAUACUUAACAAUACUUAACAAUAGACCCACCGGUUAUGCCUUCUCAGUAUUAUAUUAGCACUUUAUUGACUAUGUUAGUUGUGAAACUACCUCUCCUCGACUCUGAAAUAUUCUGCACUUUGGCCCAGAUCCGUGUAUUCAUCUCCUGUUUUUAACAUUUUAUUUUGUAUGUUGACUUUUUAUGACUGUUUUAUUGAUGCUGAUGUUUUAUUGUUGAGUAAUUUGUUUUAUUGUCUUGCUACUGUUAUUAUAUUGUUGUGUUUGGGCAUGGCCCCAUGUAAGC